AUGGCCACGCCGGCCGGCGGUCAGCCCCCCACUGGGGUUGGUCUGCCCACCAUAAACAACCCUACCACCACCACUAACAAUCUUGAUUAUGCUGCUGCAGUUCAUAAUUCAAUUGGCCCACAGGUGGCGGAGCCUAUAGAUAUUAAACCUAUUAUUUUUUUGCAUGGGGAGCCAACGAUUACAUGGACAAAAAAGGAAUUUGAGAAGUUAACAGUGAGACAAAAUCUCCAAUAUGCUGUGGUAGCUAAAUUUUCCUAUGGACGUCCUGAUCUAUAUGAAUUGAGGAAGGCAAUUCCGAUCCAAUUGGAAAUUAAAGGACCAUGUAAUAUUGGUUUCUUAGAGGAGAGGCACAUACUGAUUAGAUUAUCAUUACUAGAGGAUUAUGCAACUUUGAUGUCUAAAGCUUGGGAACUCAGAGUAAGGAAUAGGUAUUUCCCCUUAAGAUUCUUAAAGUGGGAUCCGUGGUUCAACCCAGAGGAGGAAACAACCAUUGCCAUUGCAUGGAUUUCGUUCCCCGGAUUGCCAACUAAUUUGUUCGAUAAAGAAUCCCUUUUUUCUUUGGCAACAGCUGUGGGGAAACCUCUAGUGAUUGACAAAGCCACUAAUAACCAAACCAGACCUAGUUGUGCGAGGGUUAAGGUGGAAGUUGAUUUGCUAAAAGAACUACCAAAAAGAAUUCAAAUCAAUUGUAUAGAAGAGGAGACGGGAACAGUCAAAUCAAAAUGGCAAAAAAUCCACUAUGAUUAUCUUCCGAGAUACUGCACACACUGUAAACUUCAAGGACAUGAUUUACAGGGAUGCUGGAUAUUACACCCUGAGCAUAGGCCAAAGAGAGAAGAAAAGCAGGAAGAUAAGAAGCUAAAUGACAAAGGAAAAGAAAAAGAGGAGGAGGACAAAGGGAAACAGAUACCAAACGUGAAUGGAGUGUUUAAGAAUGGGAAGUUGAUUCAUGAAAAUUGGAACGUGGUUCAGAAUAAAAAUAACAAGAAUAAGUUGCAGCAUGACCUAAACCAGAAAGAAUAUGAUACCCAGCAAAAUCACAACAACAAGAAUAAGGAUCACAAAGAUAAUAAAGGUGACAAAGGAACGGCUAUCACUAAUAAAUUUGAGACUUUAGUGCAUCUCACAGAUGAUGAGCAAGAUGGAGCAGAGAAAAAUGUGGAAAGAUCAACAAGUGAUAGCAACCUUAAAGGUGAAGAUAAGACUAAACAAUGGGUAGAAGCAACUUUUGGCAAAAGUCAUACUGCAGCAAAGAUAGCCAACAGUCAAAGUGAAGAUAACAAUAACCAGAAUAGCAAAAAUAUAGAAGAUGAAGUAACCCAGAAUACCGACAAUAUGGGGAAACAAAAGAUACAGGAAGAAGACAUAAUACAAGAAAAGCAACAGAAUACAGAGGAAACAAUAGUUAGUGAGGCUACAAAAGACGAUUUGCAUAUAAUUGAAAAGGUGCCUGCAGAUUCAGGCAGCCCACAAGUUGUGCUCACCCCCCAAAAAUCACCAAAUAAUAGCUAUCCAGCAACACAAGGAAAUCAGGACCCUGCAAAUUCAACAGAAACAGCUACAUCAGUAGUGGCAGACACACAUCAGGGUAAUCAAGACAAUAGCAUAGAAACUCAAAGCAAAGACAGAGAGAUAGAUAGAAUAGAGGAGAACAGUAGUCAGAUAGGGGCAGAGAAUCAGAAUAUAAUAACAAAUAAGACAGAAAGUCAACCACAAGGAGAGCAUAAAAAUGAAGUUCACAUUGGAGAUGAUGAUGAAUUGGAGAACAGUGCAGUAGCAAAUCAAGACAACAACAAAGGAGAUCUAUCUCCUAGACAAAUAGCAAAAACAAAGAAAGAAAAGAAAAAUGCUAAAGGAAGAGAUAAAAGUGUACCUCCAAAGGCAACGGGAGGUAUACUAACAAGGAAAGCUCAUGCCAACACUAUCUCUCAAUGA